AUGCUGCCGUUAGGACCGGUAGAGGUCGGAGCCCUAACGGAAGCGGGCCCGCCCGCAGUUCCGAAGGGCGCCACGGUGUGGCGUACGUCCCCACGAGAGGCUCCGCCCACUUUCCCUUCCCUAGCUCCUCCCCUUCUAUUAGGGUUCAAAUUUGGUCCGUUAGGGGCCAAGUGUCCGCCGAGUCCGGCCUCCGGUGGGCGUGUCCCUCGCCACCGUGCGACGCCGCCCACUCCGAGCGUUUCGCGCACAUGCACCAAAGGUACAGGAUACAAGAGCAAAGGUACAGGAUACUGGAGCAAAGGUACAGGGUACAGGAGCAAAGGUACAGGAUACUGGAGCAAAGUUACAGGAUACUGGAGCAAAGGUACAGGAUACAAGAGCAAAGGUACAGGAUACAAGAGCAAAGGUACAGGAUACUGGAGCAAAGGUACAGGAUACUGGAGCAAAGGUACAGGAUACUGGAGCAAAGGUACAGGAUACUGGAGCAAAGGUACAGGAUACAGGAGCAAAGGUACAGGAUACUGGAGCAAAGGUACAGGAUACAAGAGCAAAGGUACAGGAUACUGGAGCAAAGGUACAGGACAAUGGAGCAAAGGUACAGGAUACAGGAGCAAAGGUACAGGAUACAAGAGCAAAGGUACAGGAUACUGGAGCAAAGGUACAGGAUACAGGAGCAAAGGUACAGGAUACUGGAGCAAAGGUACAGGAUACUGGAGCAAAGGUACAGGAUACUGGAGCAAAGGUACAGGAUACAAGAGCAAAGGUACAGGAUACUGGAGCAAAGGUACAGGAUACAAGAGCAAAGGUACAGGAUACAAGAGCAAAGGUACAGGAUACUGGAGCAAAGGUACAGGAUACAGGAGCAAAGGUACAGGAUACAAGAGCAAAGGUACAGGAUACAGGAGCAAAGGUACAGGAUACAUGAGCAAAGGUACAGGAUACAAGAGCAAAGGUACAGGAUACUUUUUGAGGCCUACCUUCCAUUAG